ACUAUCACCAUUUACGCAACAUAUUAUCCCAAAGUUGAUAAGUAUAUUAUUAUCUUCCUUCUGAGGGUGACUAGAAUGGUGUGAGAUGCCCCACUAAUUGCAGGUUCACACCAUAGAAAUAAUAGGGACUUGAUUAAGUAUUUUUGUUCAUUGAAGGACUCUCAGAGUGUGUUCCUCGUCUAUUCUGCAAUACAAAAAGCAUGGGAGAAGAGGGAGGCUUUGAAGUGAUAAAGAAGGCAAUUUUGAAUCUCUCACUUCGCCACGAAGAGCACAUUGGCACCUCUUAUGGAGAAGGAAAUGGGAGAAGGUUGACGGGCCAGCAUGAAACAGCCAAUAUUGACACAUUUUCUUGGGUAGUUGCCAAUCGUGGUUGCUCAUUCCGUGUGGGCCAUAACACUAAGAGGCAAGGAAAAGGUUACUUGGAAGAUGGGCAUCCUGUCUCAAACAUGAAACCAUAUGUUGUGACCUCGUUACAUGCAGAAACUACAAUUAUACGAGAGCCCACCCUUGAGGCUAAAGCUCUUGCUGCUCAUAAGCUUGCAUUGAAGGUCUAAAAUUCAAGUCGCUUGUUAAGAAAGGCCAAAUGCAUCAAUCAAAUCAGGGAGGGGACCCACAAGCUGAGAGACUGUGAACCUCUUUUUCUCCACAUUGAGGUCAUUGAGAGAAGAUCCUCAUGUAAGGGAAGCUUCCCAAAGGGAGAGAAAAUUAGGUGUCCAAGCUCAGACCUGGUCUUCCUCACAUUGGUUUCAUCCUACAUUCGCAAGUCGUCUCAAUGGUUUGGCAUUUGAGUUCAACAUUACCCUUUAGCAUCAUGGACAUCUUCCUAUGUUUGAGUUGUCAGUUUGGAAUGGUAUUUUUGCUUAUCUUUGUAUCUUGAAACUUAAGGAAGUUUUUUAUAAACGUAUAUAUAAAAUGAAGACAUUUCAAUGCAAUUCGUCCAAAUUUUCAGUGUCGUCA